CAUGGCGUCUCUCUUGAAGGGGGUUUGGUGCUGGAGAAAGUAGCCGCUGUCAUUUAGCAGUUUUCUCCUCCGCGCGUGGUAGCAAGUCCCAACUGAAGAGGCUUUUAGGCGCGGGUAGUAACCAUGGGGACUGUCCAUGCUAAGAGUCUGGAUCCUGUCCCGAUGCACGGCAGAGACCUGGGCGUCCACCCCGAUGACUUCGUGGAUACUCCGGAGCCGGAGCACGAGGCCAAGCAGGAGAUCCUGGAAAACAAAGAUGUGAUCGUCCAACAUGUGAACAUCCAGGGUCUGGGCAGGACUAAAGAGGAUCUGCUGGGCUACGAGAUCUCUGAUGUUUUCCACGCCAGAAACCUCAUCGAUGUGAUGAAAAAGGCUCACCUGGCCAGACAGAAGCUGCUCCGCCUGGGGAUCUUCAAAGAGGUGGAGGUGCUUAUUGACACCUCUGAAGGUGCGGACGCUCUGCCCAACGGUCUGGACGUCACUUUUGAGGUGACAGAGGUAAAGAGACUGACAGGAAGCUACAACACCAUGGUCGGCAAUAAUGAAGGAAGCAUGGUGCUGGGUCUGAAGCUGCCCAACAUGCUGGGCCGAGCCGAGAAACUCACCUUCCAGUUCUCCUACGGGACAAAGGAGACGUCCUACGGUCUUUCCUUCUUCAAGCCCCAGCCCGGACACUUUGAACGCAACUUCACUCUAAACGCGUACAAAGUCACCGGCCAGUUUCCAUGGAGCUCCUUAAAAGAGACUGACAGAGGCUUGUCUGGAGAACUAAACUUUCCUCUGGGGAUGACCAACCACACGCUGAAGUGGGAGGGUGUAUGGAGGGAGCUGGGCUGUCUGGCACGCAGCGCUUCCUUCGCCGUGCGAGAGGAGAGCGGACACUCGCUGAAAUCUGCCCUCUCGCACACUGUGUCCGUCGAUUCAAGGAAUUCUGCCAUCUUCCCCAGCAGAGGUGCCUUACUGCGGAUCAACCAGGAGCUGGCCGGGUACACAGGAGGAGAUGCCAGCUUCUUGAAAGAGGAUUUUGAGCUGCAGCUCAACAGACGGCUCUUCUUUGACUCAGUCUUGUCUGCAUCUCUGUGGGGUGGAAUGCUUUAUCCCAUUGGAGGACAGCAGUCCUGCAUCGCUGACAGGUUUUAUCUCGGAGGUCCCACCAGUGUACGAGGAUUUGGGAUGUACAGCAUCGGUCCACAGAGUGAAGGGGACUACCUGGGUGGAGAGGCGUACUGGGCAGGCGGUCUACACCUCUACACCCCUCUACCCUUCCGACCAGGGAAAGGCGGUUUCGGAGACCUUUUCAGAACACACUUCUUCCUCAACGCCGGCAACCUGUGCAAUCUCAACUACGGUGAAGGUCCCCGGGCUCAUCUUCAGAAGCUGGCUGAGUGUAUCCGCUGGUCAUACGGAGCUGGUAUCGUGCUGCGCCUAGGAAACAUCGCAAGACUGGAACUGAACUACUGCGUGCCCAUGGGAGUUCAGAGUGGAGACAGGAUAUGUGACGGUGUCCAGUUUGGAGCAGGAAUCCGCUUCCUGUGAGGUCAUCACUCCGCUGCUCCUCAGUGUUAAGUGCUCCUAGCAGAGGCUGCGAUGUGAAAAAGGGAGAUCGUCUUGUCAUUUCGUCACCUGUAACUUGUUGUAGAGUGUAUCACUAGCAUGGGUCCUACGUCCUGGGGAAAUGUGCCUGAACCCCCUCCAAAAAACCUUCUUUUGAUGCACACCGUUUGAAGUCGAGGUGCCAGUGUUGGAAAACUUUGUACAAACACUAUUUCACUCAUAAGUAAACCUCAGCAACAAUCACAAGCAAAUUUGAGCAAUUAUACAAUCAUGGUGGCUCCUUCACUAAAUUUCUACAGUAUAUCAGGAAUGGUUUAUGGUUUUGCCCUUAAUUUAAUACACUUUGGUGGAGAUGUAGUUCAGGAACACUCCAGCAUUGGCACCUCAUCUGUGCAAAAGUCGUCUAGCGGUGGUUUCCUGUGGUGACACAAAGUAAAUUAUUCUACAGAAUGUUAAGAGAGAUUUUUUUUUGGCAUGUUCUCUGUUUGCCAAGACGACUUUUGUCUUUGUUUGAAAGUUAAAUGAGCACCACACACUCACACUGAUGAUUUGCAGCAGCGUCGAAUGAACGAACUGAGGGAAACCAGCACUUUUUAAUCAAAGCAGAAAAAGGCUGGUGUAAGAAAAGGAACGGACCCUCCUCCUGCCGAAGCAGUUCUUUGUCGUCGUGAUGUGAAGAACAACGGUUUGAUCUCUCGGGCCGGCAGAAGAGGUGGAACUUCUCAAACCUCCCCCCCACCCUUACCCACCACCCCCUCCUCCUACUCCUACUCUUUGAGCAACAUCCACCACCAGUGCUCUUACUGUUAGUCCUCUUUUUUUGAUGUUGUUGAAACAGUUUUGUUCUAUAUACGAAUAAAUCACAGUUGCUCCCCUG